AUGGCCGCAGCAGUGGCCCUGGGGCUUUCUCAAGAAGACGCCCACCGUGUACUGGUUUGCUCGAUAAGAAAUAAGAAACGGCAUAUGCCCGUGCAUCGGGACUGCCUGUAUUCGUCAAAGUAG